GAAUCACAAAAGUACAGUCCAACACAGAUAAUAUGAGGUUACACUAUUUGCUUCAGACAAGAUCACACACAACUUGUAAAACACCCCUAAUUAAGUUGGACGAUUUCACUCCAUUCAAUUGAAAAUCAUCCUUCACAAUACAACCAAAUUGAAACGAUGCGGUCAAAUGUUUGUACCAUGAUCCUAUACAAGUUGUAUAUUGCAUCUACUAGUACAUAUUUUUUUAAGAAAGGUACGUGAGUCUAAAGAUCCCUUAUCUCAAGUUCUCAAGAAUAACCCAAUACGAGUAAAAUCUAAAAAUCUCCUCAUCUUCAAAAAAAAAAUUAAAAAAAAAAAUAAAAAAAAAAAUACUAGGCUAUGUCCUUUAGAACUGCUAUGCUUGGCUGACUCAAUCUGCUCUGCUGAUACAUGUUCUGCUUUGCUGAAAUCUGCUCCCAUCUGCCUAAAAACUCAAAAUAACAUGACCUUAAAGUUGUGAAAGAAGCCAACAAAACUUCCCAAAGAAGGCAAGUAAAGGAAGAACAACAUCCAAACUCCAAUUCACACGGAAAAAGGGUUAUCACUUUAUUGGUGUUGACGGUGCAUAGUACGAGUACACUACUCGAGCCCAUUGCUUUAAAUUCCUUCAUUUGGUUGACUACGAGUCUACGAGUAUAUCUCAAUAUAAAUACACUUCCAUCUUUUAUUUAUCACAUAUAGUAGUAACUCUUUCUCUUCUCAAAGUCUUCAUCUUUCUCUCUUAAUAUAGGAUCAAAUUGAACAACACUUCAACGAAGAUCUCGGAUUACUCUCCUUAUAAAAUCCAGAAUAAUGAAGAAAGUGGUGUUGAAAUUGGAUGUUCAUGACGAGAAGUGCAAGCAAAAGGCAAUGAAGAUGGCCUCUUCUGUUUCUGGGCUUGAUUCAAUUUCAAUGGACAUGAAAGAGAAAAAAUUGACACUAACAGGCGACAUAGAUCCGGUGGCAUUAGUGAGGAAACUCAGAAAAGUGUAUCAUACAGAAAUUGUCUCAGUUGGGCCUGCAAAAGAGCCCGAGAAGAAAAAAGAUGAGCCCAAGAACCAAGAGGACAAUAAGAAGAAAGAUCAGCCCAAGAAACAAGAGCCCAAAUUCCAGGCCCAAGUUGGUGAGUUUGUAACGGGCUUUUACACACCUCCCUAUUAUGUCCACUAUCAUCCUGUAAGCAACCACAGUGUGGAAGAAAAUCCAAACUCUUGUGUUAUUUGUUAAAUAGUUUAAUUUUCAAAGCUUAACAAUUAAUAAUGUUUAGUCAUUUUAUGAGUUUUGCCUUGUAUUUUAAAUGGAAUGUAGUAGAGAUGCUUAAUGUAUAGUUAUCAGCAAUAAUGUAAGAAUUGAAGAGUUUGUUAAUUGUUGUAUAAAAUAUAAUUAUUUU